AUGACAUCGGUAGAUGAAUUCGUCAAUUCAUCAGCAUGGCUUAUCAAGGUGUCGGGGGCGCAGCGCGGGCGCGAGCGGCAUGCGGCCCCGGCGGCAGACGCCAAUGGAGGUCGGCUAGCGGCGCGCGCGCAGCCCCCGCGCCCGCGUCCCCCGCACCGACCCGCCGACGCCAUGGACCCCGCCGACGCGCCGCGACACCGACCCCUCGCCUUCGACAAGAUGGAAAGUUUGAUAAAAGAAAUGCAAGAUCCAGAAACCGGUGUACCAGUGCGAAGUCAAAAACUAUUUCUCAGUGUUAUCCCAUCUGCUUUCAUGGGGUACGAUUUGGUUGAAUGGUUAAUGGAACGAUUUAAUUUGGAAGAAGCGAACAAUAUUGAAGCAAUAAACUUAGCUAAUCAACUAUGUCAGUAUGGAUACUUCUUUCCUGUCAACGAUUCAAAAAAUCUUGUUCUAAAGGACGACUCUUCUCUUUAUAGGUUUCAAAGUCCGUAUUACUGGCCUUGGCAAGGGCCUCGAGUGGCCGGUGGAGGAGCUAGUGCGCCAUCACUAGGCCCGGAUAAUGUUGAGUACGCCAUAUACCUCGUGAAGAGGACGCUGCGAAACAAACAGCGCCAUGGCCUCGAGGAUUACGAGCAAGAGGCGCUCGCGAACCUCAAGAAGAAUCUCGCCGCGAAAUGGGAUUUCAUCACCAUGCAAGCGGAGGAACAGGUGAGACUGGCGAAAGAGCGGAAGAAGGGGGAUAAAAUCGUCAGUGACAGCCAGGAGCGAGCGUAUUGGCGGGUAGCUCGUCCCCCGCCCGGUAUGCCCAGCCCACUAGAGCCAUGUCCGGUGCCUGUCCGGAUAAGGCAUCCCAGGCCAAAGAAGAGAUCCGUACACCAGUUGACGCGAGAGAUCGAACAUCUUAAAGCGAGCCUGGAUCGUACGAGAGUGAAGACGUCUAUUGCCCUGGAGGCCCUAGUGGCCUACUCCGAGACCUUCGCUCCAUACGAUCCUUGGCUUACGCCACCACAACCCUCGAACCCUUGGAUUUCGGACGAUACACUGUUUUGGCAGAUUAAUAGCCCACUAGUGGAGGUGCCGAGUGAGAAACGCGUUCAGCGCUGGGCCCUGUCGAUCGAGGAGCUGGUGUCGGAUCCCACGGGUCUGCAGGAGUUCACCAGUUUCUUACGCAAAGAGUACUCACACGAGAACAUUAGGUUCUGGCUGGCGGUCAUGGAUCUGCGGCGCAGUAGCACUAAGCAGAUACCAAAGAAGCUUGACGAGAUUUACGAGGAGUUCCUGAAGCCUGGCGCACCCUGCGAGAUCAACAUUGACGGCGCGACCGCCGAGCGCGUCAACGAAGGCCUCCGCAGCGGCUCCCGGUACGCCCUCGACCACGCGGCGGACCACGUGUACGGGCUGCUCCUCAAGAAGGACUGCUACCCGCGCUUCAUCCGCUCCGACCACUUCCAACGGCUGCUCGCCGAGGGGCGGAACGUAUAUCAGAAGAAAGCGAAGUUCUUCAACUUUGGUGGUCAAGUGAAGAAGAAGCCGGGGUCGACCAGCAGCGCUGGCCUGUCGCGGCGGCGCGGCUCGGAUCGGUCGCUGUCGGGCUCCGCGCACGAGCUCGCCGUGUGCGCCGCACAGCCGCCGCGCGCGCCCGAGCCGCCGCCGCACAGCCACUCGCAGUCGAACCUGUGCGACAUUCCAUUCAGAGAUCCUAUCGAUGACGACACAGCUGACGUCCUUCCUUGGGAAUGUUCCACGCGGGACGGGGUUUACGGCGGCAGCAGCAGGAGGCGUCAAGACUCCGCCGCUGACUCUGGCAGUUCGUCCUCCGACGUAAGCUCGGCGGUGGCGGUAGCGGAGCGCACGCGUCGACUCCCGCAGCAGAGCACUUUGGACGGAGGCCUUCGGGGGGCUCCGCCGCCUUUGCGGCGCCUGUCGGCGCACCCCCGCCACCCAUUAACCCCCGCACCGCCCCACCCGACGCCUACCAUCAGCGUCAGCUCCGCCCCCGACGAAGAGUCCGCUGACUCCCCGCCCGGCACCAACUCACCCGAAGAACGUCGCUCAGUCGCGCCGUCAGAAGAGCCUUCCUCGGUCUUCGCGUCGGCCGAUGCAACGCCAACCGAACCGGCUGUCCCCAAUUUCAAAUCUAUCGAGGAUCAGUGCGCGCUCGCUAUCGUGAAAACAAUCUCUACUACUAUUCCUAGUUGUGAUACAAGAAAUGAUGUUUUAGAUGUAGACGUUAAAGUGCAAAAUGAGUUAACAGCCGAAUUGCCGCCGGUAGAGUCGCACGAUGGCUCCGCAUCUUUCGUCGCGGAAACCAGUGACUCAGAUUUGACUAAGCCGUCGGAGGACGACGCACUUUUCGUGCGAAGGGCUACUUUGUCCCGAGAACCGUCAACGACGAAAGAAAUCAGUCCGGCCUCAUGUAAAGAAACUUUAAUUAGCGAACUCGGCGUUAUUUCUGACAGUGUGUCCGAUAAAAACGAGGAAGUAGAUGCAUUAGAGACACCUUGUUCUACGGAGGCACUGAUUGAACCGGACAAAGAGGUUGCGAGCCCGCGUGAGAAUAAUCCAGCCAUGGCGCUGAGGUCGGAUUCUGUAGAGAUGACUGGUAAGAAUGCAGUUAUCGAAUCACCGAUUAGUGUAUGCAGAGCUGCGGUGGUUACGGCGGUAGUAGAGACGCCGUUGAUCCGGCCGAUAGCGCCUCUGGCCGUUUGCGAAGACAUUGGGGUAGACGAAGACAACUUGGAUAGAGUGCCUUCGUUGCCUCCGCAGCGAAUCACGGGCGACUGCAAGGCCGCAUCCGAGUCUGAUGCGAUGAAGAAAAUUGCUCAUAAAGACGAGGUGUCGUCGGUUUCUGAAUCAAAUAUUGUUAAGAGAGAUAGUAAAGGCGGUAUCAGUGAGUGCAAGCAGCGGAACGACAUAUGUCCAUGGGAGGACGAGAAUUCCUGCGAGAGUGACGCGCCCUUUGUUAAAACUUAUGCUACUUUAGGUUAUUUA